AUGCCGCAGUGGCUGGUCAUUGGAAUCUCGGGCGUCACCUGUGGCGGCAAGACAACGCUGGCCCACAGCCUGCACGACUACUUCAAGGGACUCAGCGGAGCUCCACUAUGGAACUCGCCCUACACCAUUGGAGAAGUGCAGCUACUGUCGCAGGAUGAUUACUUCCUGCCCGUGGAUGAUAAGCGGCAUCAGCGAAACGAAGCUCUGAACGCGAUCAACUUUGAGCUGAUCACCUCGCUGGACAUGCCCAAGAUGCUGAAUGACAUUGGGCACAUCAUCAAGGGCAGACAGUUGGCACCGGAGCCACCCGAGCAGCUGGUGACUGCAGCGGUCUUCGAGCACUACGCCCACCAGUUCCAGCAGCAGUACCACUCCACUCUACCACUACCCAACUACUACAAACAAGGUAAUCCAGCCGUAGGCCCCUACCACUAUCCACCCCAGCACCAGCAACAGCGCCACCACCACCACAACCACCAUUCCCAGCAGCUCCACCAGCAGCAGUUGCAGCAACAGCAGCAUCUCAUGCGCAUCAACGCCCAGAUAGCCGCCCAGCUGCGGGACAAGAAGAUCAACUUCCUCCUGGUCGAGGGUUUCAUGAUAUUCAACCAGCCGGAGCUGCUGGCGCUGUGCAACCUCAAGUACCACUUCCAUCUGCCCUACGAGAAGUGCUUCGAGCGGCGCAGCAAGCGGACCUACGACCCGCCGGACGUCACUGGAUACUUUGAGCUGUGCGUGUGGCCGCACUACGAGAAGAACUUCCGCGAGUACCGAGACUGCAAGGACAUCACGUUCCUCAACGGUGAGAUAGCCAAGGACAAGAUCUUCAAGUUUGUCCUGCAGCGCAUAGUCCACUACUUCGAGGAGCGUUGCGACGUCCCGGCAGCAGCCCCCGCCGCCUGCCCGCCGCAACAGAAACGCUUCGGAAUGCUCUACGUUGGCCCCACCAAUAACAACAUCAUGCCCACGAUCUGCCCGAUGGAGCAGUAAGAUUUCCUCUUUUGUACAAUUGAAAUAUUGUAUGUAUAAUAAUCAUGGAUUCCAAAACGGUUGGGAAUUGUUAGGAUAAGGUUGCCUCAAAGUUGGCAUUUUACAUUAAGGAGUAGUCUUAAGUGAAGCCAUGGGUGGUUCGAUUUGUGGCUUAGAACCCUAUAAAGUAUUCCUUACAUUUGUUAUCCAAAAAUCGACCCACCCUAGGCUAAAUACAUACUUGUAGAUUGUACAAUUUUCAUUAGUUAGACUUUAUUUCGUCUUAAGAUAGUAGUUAUUAUGGGUGACAUGGUCUCUCUUGUGGAGAAUGCUGUUGUAACCAGAUUGUGAAAUGAAGAAACCCGGUUCAGGAAUUCGUAUUUAGCUGUGCUAACUAUUAACUUGUAUUGUUUUUAAACCAUUACGUCAUUACGAAAUUCGCAAAAAAG